AUGCCGUCGCUUUCCACCAUCAAGGCUUUUAACGAGGCAUUCACCUUCUCCUACAUUCCCACCGCUAUAUUCGUCGGAGGAACCUCUGGAGUCGGCCAAGCAAUGGCAGAGCUCCUGGCGACUUACACCAACGGCAGAGCGAAUAUUAUCAUCAUUGGGCGCAAUAGAGCCGCUGCAGACCGUAUCAUUGCUUCAUUCCCCCAGCCACCCUCCCUGGAAGAGACAAAUGGCGUUGUGGUCAAGCACGAGUUUAUCCAGUGCGACGUUUCCCUGAUGUCCAAUGUACGAACCGCCGUCGAGGAGAUUAAGAAGCGCCACAAUAAGAUCAACAUGCUCGUGUGUAGCACAGGCUAUCUCGCCACAUCCCAGGUCCUCACUUCCGAGGGCGUUGACGAGUCGCUUGCGCUCCGGUCGUAUGCUCGUGCCAAAUUCAUUUACGAACUCCAGCCUCUUCUUUCCAACGCCAGGGCUCUCGGUGAAGAUGCUCGAGCGAUGAUGAUCCUGGAUGCCGCUGCGAACAACAAGGUCAACCUCGAGGACCUAGAUGUCAACAACUUUUCGAUGCUGGGUGCCAAUGCCGCGACUGCAUCGUACAACGACGUAUUUGUAAAGGUCAUGGGAGAACGCAAUCCAGACAUAGCCUUUAUCCACAUCUUCCCUGGAGGUACCGAUACGCCUGGUCUGCAUAGGUCAUGGCUCAUCGGCCUGGUGGCUACCUUGGCAAAGCCACUGCUCCGUUCACCACAGGAUUCCGCUUCCUCUAUGCUUUACUCCCUAUUGCACCCAGACUAUAGCCGCGGGGGCUUCUGGCUGACGAAGAAUGCGGACAAGCUCACUCUCGGGAACAAUAUCAACGACGAGGUGACCAAAAAGGUGUGGGAACACAUCGUCUCUCGAGCACAACUCCAGUAA